GGGUACAACCAACAGCACCGUGGCGCCGCCUGUUUGUGCCUGGCUUCCAGCAAGCAAAUCAGUGGCGGCGGAGUGUCGAGGUGCUGGAUGGGAAAAAAAAAUCAACUAUCCGCGAGGAGCCACUUGAAACUUCUGGAAGACUCGACGGAGCCGCAGAAUGCCAAAGAUCUGACUUAAAGAUGUGUCAUCAGGUGAGCACAAUGGAGGCUAGCAUCAUCAUCAAUGUGCUCAACAAGAAGCUAGCCUUCCUCUCAGGCGGUAAAGACCGCCGGAGUGGUCUGAUCCUCAGCAUCCCGCUGGGCUGUGACCAGACCAACAUGGAUGAGCUCAGUGACACACUAGACUAUCUGCUCAGCAUACCCAGUGAGAAGUGUAAAGCACGAGGCUUCACAGUCAUUGUGGACGGACGCCGUACUCAAUGGAACACGGUCAAAACGGUGGUGCUCAUGUUACAGAACGUGAUCCCGGCCGAGGUGUCGCUGGUGUGUGUGGUCAAGCCAGACGAGUUCUGGGACAAGAAAGUCACCCACUUCUGCUUCUGGAAGGAAAAGGACAGACUCGGGUUUGAGGUGAUUCUGGUGUCAGCCAAUAAGCUGACUCGUUACAUCGAACCCUCACAGCUCACUGACGACUUCGGAGGAACUUUGGACUACAACCACAGCGACUGGCUCAGCAAGCGACUGGUGUUUGAGAAGUUCACCAAGGAAUCCACAUCACUGCUGGAUGAGCUGUCAAUCAUCAACGACAGUGACAAGAGCACCCCCCUCGACAAGUCAGCUGAUGUCCUCCUGCCAUCCUUUGAUCCAGAAACUGUCCUCCAGACAGGUCAUGAGUUGCUGUCUGAGCUCCAGCAACAGCGUUUUAACGUCUCCGAGGGAGGAGGAGGCGGUGGAGGCCAAGGAGCACCCACAUGGCGUCCAAUGGAGGAGGAGCUUCUGGCUCAGCCUCAGGUGAUGAAGCUUCUGGACUCCCUGAGGGAAAAGUACACGCGCUACCAGGAAGUUUGCAGACAACGCAGCAAGCGGUUGCAGAUACACGACGUACAUGCCAAAGUCAUGCAGGUGGUGACGUGGCUGCAGGGUCCAGGCUCAGAGCUGCUGAAGACCCACCAGGCCAUCGGAGACUCAAUGCGAGCGGCACAGGCGCUGCAGCAAAAACACGAGGAGAUAGAGAGUCAGCACAGCGAAUGGUUUGCGGUCUACGUGGAGCUCAACCAGCAGAUCGCUGUCCUCCUCAAUGGUGGAGAGGAUGAUGAGGAAGAAGCCAGUGAGCUGAAGGCUCUGCAACAGCAGCUCAGCGACGUCUGCUACCAGCAGGCGGCGCAGCUGGAGAGCCGGCAGAACGUCCUGCAAGCCGCGCAUACCUUCCACGCUGCUACACAGGAGCUGUCUCAGCAGCUGGACGCUCUUCUGGGCAUGCUGUGUGCGGAUGUGGCGCCGGCAGAUGGCUCGGCAAUCCAACACAACCUCAAACUGCUGGAGGAGAAGCUGCAGAGCGUCGAGACGGGGCUAGCAUUGCUGCGCCAGAAGGGGGAGUUGCUACUGGAGCAGACCUGCACAGAGGACGGUGAGAACGUAGCGGCUGAGCAGAAACACAACGUGCAGCAGAUCCACGAUGUCAUGGAUGACAUGCAAAUGAGGAAACAGAGGUGUGAAGACAUGGUGGACGUACGCCGUCUGAAGAUGCUUCAGAUGGUUCAGUUGUUCAAAUGUGAAGAAGACUCCUUACAGGCUGUGGAUUGGCUGUGCGAGCUUCUGGACGCGCUGCUGAAGACGCACGUAAGACUCGGAGACGACGCCCAGGAAACCAAAGCCAUGAUGGAGAAGCACAGGAAGUUUGUGGACGUGGCUCAGAGUACGUACGACUACGGCCGUCAACUCCUUCAGGCCACGGUGGUGCUGUGCCAAUCUCUGCGCUGCGCCACGCGAUCCUCUGGCGACACUUUGCCUCGACUCAACCGCGUGUGGAAGCAGUUCACCGUCAGCGCUGACGAGCGUCAACAUCGGCUGCAGCUUGCCCUCACCUUCCACCAGCACGCCGACUCGGUGUUACAGGAUGAGCAUGUGGAUAGAGAGUCUUUGGAUGCGGUGGAUGCUUCAGCCAAAGCUCUGUUGGACAGACUCACCAUGCCCGUCAUCUUCCCUGAUGGGAGCGAGCAGUGGUUCGGCAGCACUGGCAGCGAAGAGGCAACGUUGGUGUCUGAGUUUGUGCGAGAGCGCCUCCUCCUGGUGGAGGAGCGCCGGCUGCAGUUGCAGGAGGCGGAGCUCAGUGGCGACUCCCGCCCACAGGAGGAAGCGCUUCACGGCCUCCAUGUCAUCGGGGAGGAGCCCGGUGAGAGGGAGGAGGACCCAGACCACCCUGGGGACCUCAACCAACAAGAGGAGGAGAUGCAGGAAUGCUGAGUGCUUGGAGCUCAUUAGCCCAGGAAGCUAAUUGAUGCUAACACUCGAGUUUUUUUUAUUUGCAACAUCCCGGAUUCAAGACAUUUUUCCCAGCAUGCUCCGAGUUCUUGCCUGCCUUUUUCGCCUGUGUACUCCCAAACAAGACUGAUUUUUGAAAAAAUACAUAUUUAUUUGACUUGAUUUUCAAGCAAACCUUGAAGCAUUAAUGGCUGCUGCUGAAUGUGUCAACUUUGUCUCCUCUCCCAAAGUUAAAUAUUCAUGACAUCGUGCCAUGAUCCA